CCCCCAACGCUCACCAUCUUCUCACUUAGGAUAAAAGCUUCAACGUACUAUACUAUCCAAAACAACACACCAGCUAGCAGCUAUGGGCAAGGUUUACUCAUACGUUAACCUGUGGUUCUGCGUCAGUCUCCUUCCCAUCAACGCUCGCACUUAUUUCUAGAUCUAACGGAUGAUGUAGCACGAAUGCAAUUCGGGCCCCUAUGGUAUCGAUACUAGCGUUGCUUGCACGAAUCCGGCUUGCGUCAGCCACUUUCGUUGCGAAUACUGUCGUGUUGAAAGACACAAGAUCCCUUCUCACGUCUAGAGGCACAGUACGCAGCUUGGUUGAGUUGGGCGGAUGGGACAGUCUCAGACGACACGCCGGCAUUUUUUCCCCUUCCGACAACACUUCCAGGGAGCGAGAUCUUACUUACUCUACGACCUUUCGACUAUCGAGUACGGCAUGUCUGUUAAAGACAGUUAAGUUCUUAUUUUCGGGAACUUUCUGCUUUUCUCAAGAUACCCUCAUAUCUGGAUUUAGCGUUAUGGUUAUUAGAAAUUCAGGCGCAAGCCGACGCAUCUAGACGCAUUGGGGGUUAUUGUCAUUUGGUGCAUGCAUGGCUACGGAUUAGAAUCACAGUUUCAAAUCGAACCUAUUCGCUCGUUAACUUGUAACUUCGCGGGACCUUUU